AUGUCUCCUCUUCCAGCACCAGCCUACACAGCCGACAACUCCCCUCCGAGCUAUGAUGAGGUCGCCGGAAAGCUAGAGCGCCUCGUCGGCAGUAACCCAACUGUCGAGAAGGCCCUCGAGGCUGCUAACUCUCUUUCGGAGGAGGAGAUCUUUGUCCUGGCCAAUGGCUACGAAGACCAUAAGCCACUGCAGACGGACCAGCAAAAGGCCGACUUUACGGUCGGUGUUGGACAACACCUCUCGUCUGAGGAAGGUCAGAAUGGGAUGGCGCUGUCAGGAACAGCUGCGUCUCAAGCAUCGGUGAAUAUCGACAGCCGUCUCAUUGAUAUUCAGCAAAAGCUGGCUGUCAUUGACCAAAAGUAUAACGAGGGCUUUGCGGAUACCGUUGCCGGAAUUCGCCAGGAUUACAAUCAAGUCCUUCAGAAUAGUCGAAACCUGGCAGCUGAUAUUUCUCAGAAGGGCAAAAGUUUCGACAAAGUCAUCGUAAAAUAUUGUGCCGACAGCACCAUCUCCCUCGAGGACCGAAAGGUCAAAGCCAAAGCCUUCGUCUCGGAUACCAACAAGCUUGGGGCGACCGCCGAAGACAUCCAGGAACAGUUCUCCGCCGUCAAGAACAACUUUUCCUCCUUCGUAGAUACUUACUCUACAUGGGCCGAAGGCAAAGAAGGAGAAUUGACACAACAAAUUGCGGAUCUUGAACAGGAGAUCCGCAGCCUAACACGGGAACUGAAUUCGAUUGAGACGGCCCAAAAAGUAAUGGUCGCGCUCGCAGGAGCAGCUAUUCCAAUUGCGAACGCGCUGGGGACUUUAUUCGAGCCUGUCAAGCCGUUGAUUCUUAUUGGAGGGCUCAUCUUCGCUGGCGUGUCUUUAGCUGCCGCUCUGGGUCUGUACAUUGCCGCUGGCGUGGUGAAAAACAAAAUCAAUCAGAAGACCUUUGAAAAAGAGGAUCUCAAGAAGCUUCUUGAGACCAUCCGAAGUGCGCGUCAGGACCUGCAGGGCAUGCAACAGAGCGGGUUGCUGUCUUUCCAAGCCUGUCUGGAUGUACUUCCUCAGUACUGGAGCUCCACUGUUCAGAAUGCACAGUCAAUUUAUGACUGGUUGGAAAAGGGCGGCGAGACGGCCCGUCCCGUGUAUAUGAACCUGAAUGUGGAGAAGGGUGUGGAGUCUUACAAUGCCACGGCUGCGUACCUUGACACGUAUGCGCGCGGACUGUAG